UCCGUUUAUGAUUCGUAUACAUUUUGUAUGCAAUUUCAACAGCUGUUGACGAAAAUGAACAAUUUCUAAAGAUUGGGAACUGAAAUCCUCACGAAAUGUUGCCUUUGCACGCUGGGGAGACCCCAACGAGGGGGUGGAAGUUAACGGAGACGAUCCGAGGGUGGAUUAGACUCAUAUUUUCCGACCAGACCUCAAGGAAUCUGUUUAUGUUUCUGCUUCUCAACUUAUCCUUCGCCUUUGUCGAGUUAACUUACGGCAUUUGGACUAACAGCCUGGGGUUGAUUUCUGAUUCUUUUCACAUGUUCUUCGACUGCACAGCUCUCUUAGCCGGUCUCGCAGCAUCCGUGAUAUCAAGAUGGAGAGCCAAUGACAAAUUUUCGUACGGUUAUGUGAGAGCUGAGGUGCUUGCUGGGUUUGUGAAUGGCCUCUUCCUCUUAUUUAUUUCCUUCUUUAUAUUUUCUGAAGCUGUAGAGAGAGCUGUUGAGCCUCCUGAAGUGAGGCAUGAGCGCCUGUUUCUCGUAUCGGUGUUAGGAUUGUUUGUUAACCUUAUUGGUAUAUUUGCAUUCCAACACGGUGGCAGUCAUCAUGGACAUUCACAUGGAGGAGGGGACCAUGGCCACAGUCACAGUAAUAGUCAUACCCAUGGUGUUGGACUUGGUAGUGGACAUGAGCACGGACACAGCCAUGGUAAAGAAUCAUCAGGUCAUACGCAAAUAACACAAGGUGUCUUCCUUCAUAUACUUGCUGAUACCCUAGGAAGUGUAGGCGUCAUCAUUUCAUCGCUUCUUAUAUACUACUUCAAUUGGAUGAUAGCAGAUCCCAUUUGUUCCAUGUUCAUAGCUAUUUUAAUAGGAUUCAGUGUUUUACCAUUGUUGCGUGAUUCUAUCGGUAUUCUAAUGCAACGACAACCUCGUGAACUUGAUGGCACCUUACCAGGUUGUUACCAAAGGGUAAUGCAGUUGGAGGGUGUCUACAGUGUACAAGAACCACACUUCUGGACAUUGUGUAGUGACGUUUACAUUGGGACCAUCAAAUUAGAAGUUGCCAGUGAUGCGGACACCAAAUACAUUCUUAGUCAUACACAUAAUAUUUUCACUGCGUCUGGCGUGAAACAGAUGUACGUGCAACUUGAUCACAUGGCUAUGUAACUUCAACAGCAAUGGAAGAAAAAAACAUCAUCUACACUUGCACUAGUCAGUCUUCUAAGGAAAUAUUAUCAUUUUCUGGUCUGCCGAACAUGACCAUGCCCUCAGAGCUCUGGUGUCAUUCCCACCAAGAAAGUCAAGGGUUACUUCAGUGAUCAAAGUGGACAGUUUGUCAUUGCAAGCUUAAGUAGUUUUUAUCUGAUCAUUUCAGAACCCAGCUGCUGAUAUAAGAAAUUCUUGAGUCGAUAUAUGACCUACACAUAACCGAUGAACAUAUCGGGUGGCCAAAAAACACAUCAGUCUUCUCAAAUAAUUUAAUUCUAGUAACUGCACCCUCAAAUUGCUUGUUCAGCUACAGUUCUGGAUUACCAAGUUAUUCUAACAUAUUUAUAGUAACAAUCCAGAGUGAAAAUGAAUAGGGAUCGGUACAUAUAACCAACUUUAAAGUGUUGUAAAAAAAAUUGGGUUAUAUGUUAUUGAAUAAAACCAAGUCAUUUCUUAAGUGUUCUCAGAAUGGUAGAAAACAAUCAAAAAUGGACAAAAUCAGUUGAAUGUCACUAGAGGUUUCGCUUAUCUAUGAGAUGUCCGACAAUUAUUUUGAUUAUGACUUCAUUUAGAAAAUAAAAAACAACAACUUUCAACAUAUUCUUGGGAGAAAUUGACGAUUGAGCUCAUUGACCUGGGAGUAAAAGCAGCCACCUCUUAACACCUUCAUGGCCUUGGUUUCACCCCCAGACCCCUCUUUAGACCCCCAGAAAAAAAAAGUAUAAGAGAUUGCUGCAUGAGUCUUUUGCAGUAGCUUCUCCAAGACAAGGUAUUCUUGAAUCAAUGGAGUUAUGAUAGCUACACUCCUUUCCAUUUCCCCGACCCAAACAAAAGAAUUCCCGAAGUCAGAAUAGCUUAACGGGUUUCGUCUUUUCAGUUCCUACCUUGCCCUGAAUAUGGCGAUGGCAUAGCUCAAAUAGGAGGGAUUGGGGCCACAUAGAGCUUUGUGUUUAGGCUGUGAUGGUUUUAAGUGAAUGAGGAACUGUUGGAGGAUGGCUACCAGGUGACUUAAAUCAAACACUAAGGGUUUCAUCAUUGGUAAAUCUUUCUAUCAUAAUGUAAUAAACUGUCUGUGAGGAAGGUGAGCACAAUAGUGAGAUAACUCUUUCGGAGACAAUUUUUUCUUUACCCACAAUCUAGAGUAUAGGUAUAUGUUCCCACCCAUUGUUACUUGCAGUCUACUUUCAAUACAAACUGUACAUACACAUGACAUAUACAAGGUUUAUAAGAUUUAAGUUGUGCUAAGAAGUCAAAGUACUCUUUUCAAAUUCUACUAGUCUAUUCGAGGUCUAGAGAAGUAGUUUUUUGCGCCAAUGACGUCACCAAUGGCGGAUUUGCACUGGAGUUCGAGUCGAUUGUCUCCAAGAAUUGAUUCGAAGUUCUGAGUGAACCUCUGAUGCCAAAGUUAGUGCCGAUCUGAUUCUUGACUUGGCCAGGGAACCAAUACUGAAAAAGUAAGAAGUGCAAUAUCUUGCUUAUUAGUGACUUGUUUUCGAUAAUAUUUUUAUGGUUGGUACUCCAUGCAAGGAUACAUCACAUGUAAUACUGAUUUUGAUUUGACCUAUCUUUCAAGGUCACAGAGGUCAAAUGGCGUAAGUUGGUAAUUAAGAAUCAGCCCUAGUUAAAGCCUAACUAGAGUGACCAUUGAUCUCACAUUUUGUAAACAUGUACGAUACCUUAUAGUCAGGUGAUCCCAGGGACCGAUUUCGGUUAUCGGUUUCGGAUUUCAGUUGUGAAUCAGAGCGGUUAACCCCUUGACCACUUGCCCAAUAGCCACCAAUCUGAUAUCGUGGGUACAUCUACCAUACGGUGUAUGUGUCACAUGUGUUUUGACUUGACUUUCUUUUUGAGGUCACAUACUAAGUUAAAUGGCACAUAAUUUCCAUUUGACUAUAUACUAUAGCAUGUUUCUAAAGCAGCAUGAAUUCUUAACCACCUAAUAUCUAUACCGUGAGCAUAUUGGCCCCUGGCCGUUUCAUUAUUGACACCCUUUGUAUAAAUACCUUAGAAAAUACUUGGUAAUCAUGAUCCUGAGCAGAACAUGCCAACAAUAAUGAAUUAAUAUAGAUUUUGACUCUUAGUUGUAGAAAAUCAAUUUCAUGGGCUAAAACCUUUUUGUGACAGAAGAAAUAAUAUCGAGUCGGGAAGAUUUUCGAUCCCAAAAACUACAUCACCAUGUUAUAAUGUGUUUUUUGUUAAAAGUUAAACCAUUUGUUCUUGUAUUCGGGACCCGUUUGUUUGGUAUUUAGUAAACCGCUGUCUUAGUUUUCCGAGUUACCAGGUCUCAUUCGUGAUUGAACUGAGGCCCUGAAAACCCCCUCAACCUGCGGUCUCGUGGGUUUCCUGGCCAAGGUGGGAAUUAUUGAAUUAGAAUAGAAAAUUUUAGGAUUUAAAUUGAUAAUAACGGUUCAAAUUAACAUGCAUUGAAAAAGCAUUUUAUGAACGUAUAUAUUAACUCUUUCUCUACCGCCGGCUUUUGGCAGUGUCCUGUACCCCUGGCCCACACCUGGUGUAGACCGGGCAGCCUGGAUCUGAACUUGGCUUCGGAAAGUUUCAUUGUUAAAUAGCUAAAAUAGCUUACCCAAUCUUUAAAGGGAGGAGGUCUGUAUUUGAUUCAGUGCAGUGCCAUCUCGUUUUUCCUUGUCUAACCAACCAAUUGUGGUGACGAUAAAACUUGAGGAUAAUUAGGUAGUAUCGAUUAUUGCGGGCUAGUGGUAUGUAGUGCACGGGCCUGGUAUAUGCCGGGUGUGGUAGGGGAAGCGUUAAAAGGGAUAGAAAUAUUUUUUAAAAUAUGUAUUCAAAUUUGCAUGCAUUUAAAGUUUUUCGGAAAAUCGCAAAGCCUUUUUAACAAAGUGGCUAUUGUUAUUGCAGGAAGUUAUUAUUCCUAAGUAGUUAUUCUAUCCAUAUGUUGUCCUUUUUAGCUCACCUCUUGGGAGCUUAUAAAAUAACGUGGCAUCCGUCAUCCGUCAGCAUCCGUCAGCGGAGCACGUUUUGUCACCGCUAGGGCAGAUGGCUUAAACUUGGUGUGAUGGUAGCUUAGGGCAAUAUGCCGAGACUUGUUUUUCUUUUUUACGAUAUGACCCACUUUCUGGCCUCCAGGCGGCCAUCUUGGAAAUUGGUUUUUACCUUUAUGAAGCUAAUGGUUGUACGUAGAGUGGAAAAUAUUUUAUGGUAGGUGUAUCUAAUAAAGUUAAAUGAGAUAUCGCCCAAGUUUUUUAUUUUACCUACUUUCAUGGUCACAGAGGUCAAAGUUCACUAAACCGAUAGGUGGCACAUUUCGUUUCUAUUUGAGCUAGAAGGUUCUGAACUUGUGAGGAUAUAUAUCUAGGGACCCUCUAUUCUACCCAAAAAAAUUGUCCCGCUCGGACUUCAAAUACAGUGGAACCCCGGUAACACGACCACUCAUGGGACCGUGGUCGGAGUGGUCGUGUUACCGGGGUGGUCGCGUUACCGGGGUUGGGAAUCCCCAGACGAAAUACAUGAUUAUUUUUCCCGCCAAAAUUUCCGACUGCAUGGCGUGUGUACGCUGUACUACCAUAGCAACGCUGCCUGAUUGAGAUGAUGCACGCUCCAAAGUUUUGUUAUCAUGCCUCGCAAGAACAGUUCGUCGAUAAAAUUACAUGUUACAUUCUCAGAAUGAGUUAGAAAAGGUAAUUUUGUAACUCAUUUUAUCCACAAAGUUUCAUUAUCUGCCCGACGUGACGCAUUUGCGGGCAAUUUGGUGAAUCAUCCUCCAUGUACCCGACUGUUUGUGACGAUUGAAGUAAACUUGUUGUAUGAUUCCACGUGAAUGAUGAGUUGAGUAAUGCUACAGUUUUAAUCAAAUCUAUUUUCAGUCAAAAUAUUUAAAGAAAUAUAAAAUGAUACUGUAGUAAAUCAACCAAGUUCUCCAUAUCAUAAAACAUUCAAACGUCUCGCAAGCUUGUUAUUGUCAUAAGUGUGGUCUUCAAACUACCCGCCGUUUAUUAUACGUUCAUAUGCAAAUCACGCAAAUCACAUGAUUUUGCUGCUGCUGAGUGCGCAUGUCUGGUACUGAACUGGCUCAGUGAUGAAAACAAACCAUGAAAACGUUAGAAAAAGAAAGUUUAUUUAUUCAUUUACACUUAUACAAUUGAUUAUACCUGCAAAAUCACAUUGUAUUUUUUGUUUUCAUAUGUAUUCCCAUGGCCAUUGUCCCCGUCUCAACAAAGCUUGGCAGCGAGGUGCUAAUUACUAUGCCGCGGUCGCGACCGAUUACGGCAAUUAGGCCUGGUGGUCGGGUUAGCGGGGUUGAUUUUCAGUUUGGGACCGGCCAAGCCAGUGGUCGCGGUCGGGGUACCGGGGUGGUCGUCUUAGCGGGGGUCUCUUAAUGGUAAUUAGAGAGGAAACCAUUCGGGACCGGAGAAUCAUGGUCGCGUUAGCGGGGUGGUCGCGUUACCGGGGUGGUCGCCAACCGGGGUUCCACUGUAUGGCCGCCAGGCAGCCAUCUUGAAAAUUAAACAAAGUCAGAUUGCAACCAAAUUUCAUGUGAUUGUAUAUCUAUGUACUCUCUACAACAUCCUUGAUUUUCAGUCAAAUCCAUCGACCAAUAUGGCCGCAAGGCGGCCAUCUUGAAAAUUAACAAAAGUUUUAUUACUCCGAAACUAAUGAUUGGAUUGCAACAAAACUUCAUGUGAUUAUGUAUCUAUGUACUCUUAUCAAUAUCCCAAAUUAUCAGUCAAAUCCCAUGACAAAUAUGGCUGCCAGGCCGCCAUCUUGGAAAUCCAACGAAGUCCUAUUACUCCAGAACAGAUGUCGACGAAUUUCCAUGUGACAUGUACACUCUUCAACAGCCCUGAAAUUCAGUCAACUUUAUAACCAAAAUGCUAUACUUGGAUGGAACCGGUAAUUUUCUUUUGUGCCAAUGAGCCGAGAAGAAUGAUAUCAUUCAAUGGAAUCAAAACAGGUGAAACUAGCCAGAAACUGUUCUCCCCAUAUCCACUGCAAAUGACAUGCAUUACAUUACCCGAGGUGAGCACAUGGUCCCUGGAACAUUUCAUUUAAUUCUGAAUAAUUUGUAAAAAAAAAUAUUGUUGUUGAUUGUGGUACUGUAAACCCCAUUAUUUUUCGCAGCUCAAAAUCUUCGGGAAAAUAUAUUUUUCAGAUUUCACAUCUAUCAAUUUCUGCAAGUUGUCCAAAAUGGUUUUUUAUUCUCUGAUGGUACGUUCUGGCUGGCCUUUUUAUAAAUUUUUUGACUAUAAAACUGUUAGAUCAAUAAUUUUUAGACACUGAUAUUAAAUUUAACCACUUCAAUACUGGUAUAUUUGAUGUUAUUCGGUUGACCACUGGACUUCACAGCGUCAUUUCUGGGAAUGACAUACAAUGUGUCAUGCAUCGUAGUACAUGAUGUCUUGAUGUCACCGAACCAAAGUUCUGGUCUACAAGAGUGUGUAUCUUUGCACGUUGGACUGAAAUUUCGGGCUACAGUAGUGAAGUGGUAAAAUGACUCCUACACUGAUCUUGCAAAUAUAAAGAGGUUUAGGGUAUUUGGUUAUUAGCCUUUUCACCACCACCACCACCCCGGGAGAAUGGCCAGCAUACCGCCUUGCCGAUAGACAUGACACUUUAUAGUCAUGCUUUUACUGAAUUUACUGAAUUAUUUUCAGAGCUUCUGUGAACUCCCUAAUUUGAAAAAGAUUUUGAAGGUCAUCAGUGCUUAUUCCCAGUAAAUUGAAUUUAGGGUGUGAAUCAGGGGGAACCAGUGUACAGGGAAUGGGUUGUGAAGAGGUUAAUUUUGUUUAUGUUUGGGAUUGAGGGAUUGAAGGUUAUUUGAACAGCAUUUUGAAUCGACACUUCAGCGGUUAAGGAGUUCUAUUGCAAAGCACUACAUAUUCUCUUUUAGGUCUCCUCAUGACCACAACAACAUCCGUAAUUGUAGUCAUCUGACACAAUUGGAAACUACUUUCACUGAAACUCAAAGACCAAAUUUUGUAACAUAAUCAAUGCGUCAAAUAAGAGAACUCCAAUUAUUUAUUUUAGAUAAUGGCAAAGAAGGAUUGAAUUCUGGUACCAGUAUAUUCCAUUGGGAUUCCUGAUACAUUUGUCAGGCUAUUCUUCAGCAAAGUGCAGUUAACAAUUUUGUAGAAUAUUUUAGUUGAGCCUUUUGUCACCCCGGUACUUCUAUUCAAAAAUUUCUAUUGUGAGACUGGUUGACAGGCCUUGUAUUGCAUAAUCAGGUGCUAAAAUAGUUCAAAGACCAACGAAUUCUGAUAUGUCUUUUCUGAUAUGUCUUUUAAAUUGUACAAAGCAUCGAGAGGAGGGGGGGGGGGGCGUAAAAAAUCGAUAUGAGCCAAGCUAAUUGACAGUGUUAAAUGGAAUUCAAUAGAAGGCAAGACCAACACUUCUAUGGAGCUGCCAUAUUGUGGCGGUAAAGCUUGCAAAUAUCAGACCAUUCUGAGGAAAUCAGGGGUUAAUGUUCGCUUUUCCGUCCUGGCAUACGAACACCUGAGACAUUAGUUCUCAUUUGGUGAAGUACCAACGUAGGUCUACAUCAACUUUAAGUCACCAUUCGAGAUCUAACUGUCAACCUCAGUUUCAGAAUGGAAAUUGCAUGGUAAAACAACCAGUGUAAAUGCUAGUUUGGAUAUCGUUGCUACAACAUUAUUGCGAUGUCAUUUCACCAAAUGAGAGCGUACGUCUCAGGGUUUUGUGUGCUGGGCUGGCGAAGCGAACUGAUUUAACCCCUGAUUUCCUCAGGAGGAUGCCGUCUUGACCAGAGCAGCAUUUUGUUCUGUCUUAAACUGCGUAUCCAUAAAUUAUUCACUUGUUGCAUUUGUCGUUGUUUCGUGUUGUUACCUCGUGACUCACCACUCACAAAAUGUACUGUGUUUGUCCAAUUGGUGGUACCAGGGAACAUUCUAUGGUGACAACGGAAACAGCACCAUGAAUUCACACAGGAACAGCCCGUUGAUAUGUAGCCUUAUAUGAAAUCUGUAAUAUGCAUUAACAGAACCAUGUCCAGUUAAGAAAAGUAUCAUGACUUUCUUGUUACAGACAUGGUCUUAUUAAUAUCUUUUGGGAGUGACUUAACAAUUCAUUGCUAUUUCCCAAAAACGUCCUUGAUUGAUGAAGCAAGUGAUUUAUCAUUAAAAAGAGAAAGAAAGUGGUGGCCUUCAGUCAGGCCACCUAUUGUAACAGCUCAUAGCCUUCUGGGAAAAUCAUGAUUGUGGCAGCGAAAGCAAGUGCAAAAUAUGCCAGCUGCAACUGUUGAUUUAUGUGUGAUAUAGGAGAUGGUUCGAUAGACAGCGUCUGUUAUCUUCAGGAACAUGUUUAAAAAACCAGCAACAUUGCAGAACUGUCCUUUGCUUGUAUGCUAAGUUUACUGUUACUACGUGUGUUAGAUGGUUAUUUUGUCAAUAAAUGGGAGUUGGGAUGGCCGGAGGGUUGAUGAAACACCCUACAAAUGAGCAAUUUGAAUUGCUGCUGCAUGCAAUUUAAAUCACAUGGAAAAAUAAUUGUUUGUUUGCAAUGGUCAUUGCAGGCCCCUAGAUUAGAAUCGAUGUAUGCAGCAAUCUGUGAUCAAUAUCCAACCCAGCAAUUACUUUUUUCCCCACAGUGGAGAGAUCUUUUUGUUGCACAUAGCAACAAUUAUAAAUGCAUGUCGCAGUGAUUUAAGCUUGUUUGCUUUGUGCUUUAAUCCUAUUCAUAAGAAAGUCGGAAAAAGGGAUGAUGUAAUAUGUCUUUAAGGGGGACUGUAUUAAAGUGUCAUUCAUUUUCAUGAAAAUAUAGUUGUUUUUAAUUGUAUGCGUAAAAAACAAGCCCAGUCAUUGUACUAUUUGAAAUAGUUUGUCUUGAUUGUCUGUUCGGUGCUCAAUUAAUAAGUCAGAGUUUUGGUGCUGUAUUCUUCCAUUGUUGUGCAUCGUGUGUUUGUUAAUUGUGUUUACAACAACUUUAUCAGUAUGUAGCCAAUAUUAGGUGGUGUGCAUAAAAAAGAAGUAAAUACUACUAGUAUAAGCAAAAAGGAAGAGCAUUUACUAGUAGUAAAUAGUAAAAGUAAAAGGUCAAUUUCAUAUGCAUAAUCUUUACCUUUUACUUCAAAGCUGAUGCUUUUACUUGACUAGUAUCUACUUGUUUACAACUGUGAGGUCAGCCUUUUCAGAGGCCUGGGCAGAAGUGAUGUAAGCCCAGUUAUGAUGUGGUAAACGUGUAAUGCGGCUUGUUAUAUCUUUGAAAGUGACGCAAUCUUGUUGUUGUGCAAAAUUAAACAUGCAUUAAUUACACUGGGAACUUUUUUCAGCUGUAACCUAACACGUCCUUGCAGGAUAGGAAAACGUUUCUUUAACUGUCCAAAACACCGUUCAAUUAUGAUUCUUUCCUUCUGAUGACACUUGUUGUAUGAUCACUGCUCUGGUAGAUUUACCAGGUCCUUGAAAGGGGUCGUGGACAGGGGUCGUGGACAGAUCCUGGCCAGGCUGCGACACUUGUAAAUCGCUCUCCGGCAUCACACGUUGCUUGUACAUUCAAAGUGGCCACACCCUUUCGACAAAUGUUCUCAUCUCCGUGGUUUUUUGGUUUCAGAACCUGCACAUGCGUACAAUCCAGUGCUCCAAUGGCAAAAGGAAAUUGAUAUUUCACUUGCCACGAAUCCUUAGCAGUCUGAAUAUCUGCUGCUUCAGUUGGAAACUGGAUCCAAAUAUUGGCUUUCUCUACCAUCUGGUCAACAAUGGCAGCAAAGGGCCUUGAUACUGUGCACUGAUGUAUCCCAAUGUCUUUACCAACGCCGAGCUGAAAACCUGGAUCCCCAACAUGCCUCAAAAAAAAUCCAUUUGCUGCUUGGAGGAAGGAGUGUCACCCCUAGUCUCAUUUCGCUCUCCAAGAAAAUGUUCGGCCAUCCAAAUGAUGUUUUCCUCAUUAAAUCGAAAUACCGAUUGAUACGUUGGACCUGAUGUUGGUUUUUGUGUGUUGUACUCCUUCCUCUUCCUCGGUACACCCAUAAAUGCAGCUAUUUCCCAAAAAUACGUCUCUCCUGUUUGACUUCCAAGGUUGGUCUGGAGCUACCUUGGAAUUUUGAAGUAUUUACAAGAGGAUUGGUAGUAAUUACUUUGUUUUAUGCAUACUGAUUGAAGUAUCUACUAAUUUUGGAGUAAACGCUAGAGGAGUAAAUACUUCUUGCUUCUACUAGUAGUAAACACUUUUAAGUAAAAGGUUUUACUUCAUCUUUAUGCAUGCAGAUGGCAGUAAAUACUAGAAAUUUCAAGUAAAACGUAUUUACUAGUUUUUAUGCAUACCACCCAAUAUGCAGGAGCAGGUCUUUUUAUACAAGGUUCUGUAAUGUAGACAUGUAUUGAUAAAACUGUUCUAUUUCAUUUUAAUCGUUUAAUUGGCACCAAAUAAAAACUAGGAUCUCGGCACCUUUGUUAGCAUUUUAUAUUAAGUAAGUAGUGAAUUCCUAUCAAUGGAUGCAUUACAGAACAGAAGUAUAAAAAAUAAAUCCUCACAAUAAAUUUUAUGCCUCUUGGAUUUUUCAUUUGACCUGAAAGGUCAUCGUGGUUAAUUGUGUUCAUUUUGAUGGCACUGUUCUGAAAGUUCAGUCUGCGGAGCGCUGUGGCAGUUACAUUUAUAUCAUCUCUAGAGUGUGACGCCUCCAAACACAGGGGAAGUUACGGUACAUGUAUCUGUCACUAUAAUAAUCUUUUAAAUGUGCAGCUUUCGUCACUUGUAGGAGAGAGGGGAUAUAAUGGUGAAAUGGUGAAAUGGUGAAAUGAACUACCUGUACGAUGGCAAAAACAGAUUAUGUGAAAAACACUUGGAUUUCCUAAUUUUUUUAAUGAAAUUGCCAAUCCCUACCUGGUGGUCCCAGUUUUCGGAGUAUUGUAAUGGUUAGGGUCUCAAAAUGACGCUAGUGCUCUCCCCUUACAGCUGAACAGACCAAUUUAAACACUGAUUAAGAAACUUGAUCACCAGAAGACAUUAUAUGCACAUCUUUUUUUGGCCAAAACUGCCUGUCGUGAGUGCGUGUGAUGGUCAUGAGGAGUACAUGGUGCCAAAAUAUUCCAAUAGAGCGCGCAUAUAUUGAUUUGCAUAUAUGUGACCCGUCACAGCAAAACCAGGCGCAUGUCGCACAGAAGAUGAGCCUAAAUGACACGAGGAGAUAUUGGAAGAAAUUGAUGUGCUCAUGUUUCAUAAAAGGCAGACAAUAGAGAAAUGAACAGUCCAUCUCAACCUGCCAAGCUCAGAGCGAAAUACGCCUCAUUUUGCUGUGACGGGUCACACAUACCACUAAACCAACACACAUAACUCCUUCCAACAACUUGCAGUGAGGUGUUUUCCCCACCUCACACCACCAAAAUUGCUGGUAGGCCUAAAAAACUAUGCAAGUGGCAUAAAGCUUUGGAAACCAUCGAUGAAUGGAAAAGUCAUGUAAUAUGAAUAACAUGUUAAUUCACAAAGCUCUUACAUCGCUGUUCUUGACCAUGCUGGCUAUUAAAGGGGUUGUGUGAAUCAGGGGUCCAAAACAGGAAUUUUGUCUUCAUAAGGCCGGAUAUAUCCAAAACGAGGUUAAGUUGCGGAAAAAAUAUGUACAAUGAUUUUCUUUUCGAAAAUGACCGUGAGUUUCGAAUUUUCCGCUAAAUGUGCUUAUUACGUCAUGGUGUAUCGGCUUGCGAGCCAGCGGCAGCGCGAACAAUCAUCGAAGAUUUGCCGUUUUGCCACAGGAAGUACCGUUUAGUAAUAAACAUGGCUGCUUUCGCAUUAGAUUCGCAAAGUUCACAAAAUUCAGUGUCCCAUUACUCUAGGCAUUCUAGUCUUUGUUUUGUUUUGUUAUGGUUAUCCUACGUCAGACAUGUCAGACGCGAUCGAUCGAUGUGCGAAUGAUCACAUAUCGACUGAGUCAUCGCCGAAUGCAUUCUGCUCCACAAUGAUACCACGCAUGCGCGAACUUCAAAUCUGCGCGGGAAGUUGCGGACCUUGCUAUGCGGAUUACUCGGAAACUACUGGGCCGAUUUAAAAAAAAAUGACAUUGGCAUCUUCAGCUCAGUGUCUAGAAGCAGAAUUUUUACUUCAUAAUGGCGUACCAUUUACUUCACACAACUCCUCUAAGUCACCAUACUUCAGGAUUAUCUAAUAAAAUUCCUGGAAAGGCCACAGAUUUGUCAUAUGCUUUAACAUAUAAAUUUGUAGGCCUAUGCAUUGUACAUUGGCCUUCGGUACAAGGUGGGUUCAAAGCUGGUUCCUUUCAAAGCCUCAUGAUUAGGAAAAAAUUGGAAAAGUUAAUAAAAAUAAAAUCACCAUUUACUCAUAAACUAUCUACAUUUUUUCGGCAAAAUGCCAGCUUGCCCUAGCAAUGAACUUUAUUCACGCAUUGAUAAGGUUUUGGGCAGAGAAAAGUCAACAGGUUGGCUUAUUCCUUGGACCAGAAAAUUCUUUUGUUUCUCAAAUUGAGGAAGAUUUGUCAACCUGAAAGACUGUUUCAUUUAUUUAAUAUUUGUUACUGACCCCAAAUUUAUCUUUGAUAUAAGUUAGCAAGCAGCAUUCUUCAUAUUUAAGGUUCCGGACUUAAGUUUUUGAAGAGAAAUUAACCCAAUGUCUCUGCCUCUGAAAGCCCAUCCUUGACAGAUACUCCAGUUAUCACAGAAGGUGCUUGUUGCUGAAAUUGAUGAUAAUAACACAUGCAGUCACAUUCUUUACAAAGAAAACAGAGUAAAUAGCCUUGAUUUUUUGAGACAUUGAAGAUUGCUUUGUUGUUUCAGUCAUCAAUAGUAUAGUUGUCGUCUGAAGAGAACAGUUCUAAAAUUCUAAAAUCCCAGGAUAGGGUAUGUCAUAAUAAAAAGGAAGUUAUGUAAUAGGUCCUGUCAACAGGACAUAGGCAUAAUGUUUCAUCAUGUCACUCCGGUAGAAAUUGGCAGAUGUCAUUUUAAGUGCUGUUUAAGAUUUUACCAGAGAUAUAGGCAUACAAAAUUACAAAUACAAAAAGUAAUCCACAUUACAGAGGAAAACAAUUAAAUCUUGUAGGAAAAAUAUAAAUUUUGGCCGACUUUGUCUGCAGUUUGGCAAAAUCUCAAUUUUGUUUGCCAUGGGCUGCACAGUUAUCCGACAGGAUAAUUCUAACCUCCAGUUGUUAGGGACAUUCAGUUUGGGAUAUUUAGAGUGGAUGAAUCAUCUGCCUUCCCAUCAUAUCCCAAAAAGGUCGAUAUGGCGUCAGACGCCUUUCAGCCGGGUGUUAUUUGGUGUAAAUUCCCCAGCGUAAAUCCGCCAUCCGUGCGGGAUAAGGGCAGCAAUUUCGCUAAGAAGAACCCUAUAUCCCUUUGAACAUCAUUCUAUCAUCCCUCCCAGCUUUUGAGUUUGUUGUGGUAUGGAACAGUUCUAGAACUGUUGAACUGUGCCGAUAGACUUUGGACAGUUCUAACAAUACAAUAGAAGGGAAUGUUCUGUCACUGUACCAACUAACAUCACAUUUCAAUUGUUGCCUGGCCUGAAAUGAUGACGGGAUGACAAACGGAUCAAGGUCAUCAUCAAUUAUAAACUGACACACCUGCAUCAAAGGGGUCUUAUCCACCGAAUAUUGCAUGCACACACAACAAAGUUUUCACAUGUAUUACAUGUAACCUUAUUGUUGAGAAGUACAAAAGGAAACUAAUCAAAGUAGAAUCUAUUUUUGAACUCUGUGAACUAUUAUUGCUAGUUCCCAUAUUACUACCCGCCCACUGGAUUGGCCUAAGCUCUACCAUCAACCAUGGCAACACUCAUUACUUAUUCAUGUUUGUGUACACUAGCCGCACAUAGAGGGAUAAAACAACACAAAAGGACCAUUGCCUCAAAAUUGAGCUCAGUUAUAAAAACAGCUGUACAUACAAUGCUAUAUGGUCAUGAAUUGCUUUACUAAAAGACUAAGAAGGAAAUGCCACUGGGUAGUAGAGAGCAAAUGAAGCUCAGUGGUACAAGAAUCGUCUGAAUCAGCUGACUGGUGCCUGAUCUACAGCUGCCAAAAGAAAGGGUAUAUUUCUGGUUUUUAAGUUAAUGGGUUUUUUUUAACUAAUCUGUUUUUGACGAUAGGUCAUGGUCUCCUGUCGAGGUCAGAUUUACCCCUCGAGCACUUGAUAAAAGAUCUUGGGAAGAUGUCCCAAUGGCCUUUUUUUGCGUCGGAAAUGUAACAUAUUGCAACAAUUGCAACAAUCAGCAGUGUUUGAAGGGAAUAUCCCUUGCUCAAUACAAUGCUGCUUUAAUUUUUGAAUGAAACGGUUUUACUGUGGAUUUCUACAACAUGAGUUUCUGAAUAGAACACGACCUAAUCAUGAGUUCAGCCGUACUGAAAUUCAGCGGUAUAGCCUCCAUUACCUCCGCUUAUACCACAGAAGAAAUACAUGUCCUUUUUCUGUACUUUACGGGGCACCUCAACCAAAUUUGAGCUGAUUCCGUCGUAUGCAAUGUUCACUAUCUCUAUGCGAUAAAUAAAGCAGCAUAUGGUGAAUGGUCGGUAGCAUCACGCUAACUUGUUACCAUUGUAUGUACAGCGAUUGGGUCAAGGGUAUGAGGCACGUUGUCUGUAAAGCUCAGCCAAAACUUUUAGGGUCAAGAUGGAGUUCAGCAGACUGAAAUAAGCUGUGUGUUUUCUACUGUGAAAUAGGAAAGGAUUUUUUGUCGAAUGUUGUCCAAAAUUAUCUUUAUUGUGUGAUUUAUUGGUUAAGGUUUUAAUGAUGGGAUGGGGGGGGGGGUGUCUGUAUGGUUUUGGUCCCAGUCAGAGCCAACAUUGCAGCCUAUAAAUUUAUAUGUGAAUUUUUGCUAUAAGCUAUGGGUAAUGAUAAUUUUUUCUUGCUUUCAAAGUAAGAUUAUAUUAUAAAUUUAGUGUUUGUGUGUUGGGGGGAGGUUGUCAUUGAUAGUUUUUCCGCCUUUGAAAAAUUGUUUACUUGUACGUUUUCUUGAGAGAAUUUUAAAAAGUUGAAAUAUGAUCGGAUAUGGUUAGGUAAUUGAAGUAAUUAAUGAAAACUGCUCGAUUAUUAUCAGUUAUUAUUGCUCUGACCAAUGAGAGGCAUGGAAAUGCAAGUGUUUACAACUCGAACAGUUGAUGGUUGAAUUCUGAUGGUGUUGUGAAUGAAGGUCACACUGAUUAUGAAGCUCAAGCAAGGCCAAUUGGAAAGUCACAUAACCAUCAAACCCCCUGCAUUGAGCAGAACUUUCUUUUAGAGGCUUUCUAUACUCGAUGAAGACCUUCUCUUAACUUGGCUAUGUUCUUCAUAUUCUGGUUGGGGGUCAUCACAUAAUUUUCUUGAAUACAGACAGAAGAAAGUGUUGUCCUUUGACAUUCUGUCUGAACUUGACAUCGGCAUGACACCAUACAAUCAGUAACAUAUUUUGCAAGUUACAAACCCCUAAAUUUCGGGAAGUUUUUCUUUAUCAACCCAAUUCAUGUACCUGUUAAUGUUAUAUUCGAUUCACUUCUUGAUUCUGUUAAAACUUUGUCAUCAACAUUUUUUGACGACUAUAUGGUAAUGGCAUCCUGGGAGUAAUGGUAAUAUUUGUGUAUUCAUAGAAACAAUCAUUCAGUUAUUGUAUAAAAA